AUGCGUUUAAUGUAUAUUUUACCGAUAUUUUCUCAAUAUUUUCCAACAUUUUUCGAACAACACAUCUUACCAACUGCAAACUACUGGAAAUACAUAAGAGACAUACGUGUAAGUCCAUUGUACUUCUCUCAUUCUCAAUCUCAUAUUCAGUCUUCGUUCGUCGUCGAAAUGUCUAAAGUCUAUACGUUUGAACAAGUUGCAGAGCACAAUACUCCUGAAGACGCGUGGUUAAUCGUUGACGGUAAAGUUUACGACGUUACCAAAUUUGUAGAGGACCAUCCAGGUGGUGAUGAAAUUAUUUUGGAUCUAGCUGGUCAAGAUGGUACUGAAGCUUUUAACGACAUUGGACAUUCUGAAGAUGCUGUCAAUAUGCUAAAGGAUUUUAUAGUGGGUUCAUUAGAUCCUGCUAGCAGACCUGCCAAGAGUGAGAAGGUUGCAAAUGUCGCUCAAACUAGUGGUGUUACUACUGGUGGUGAAGGUAAUGGUUUCUUGGCAUUAGCUUGCGCAGUUGUCUUCUUUGCUGUUGCCUAUUACUUGGCAAAUAUGAGCUAA